AUGCACACUGCUUCGCACGAAGACGUCCCCUUAAAGUUGCUGCAUUCUUCACCCACCUCUUCGUCGUCUACAAGUUUUUCAUGCAAUACUCUUGGGCAUACUGGCCCCAGCUUGAUACGCAGGGAAGUCGAUCAGCUCAAAGCCGACGUCGAAGAGGAGCAGAAGAAGCCCAAGAAGAGGACACGCUCGUCAGAUGCCGCCCCCAAGGCCACGCCGAAGGCGAACCCGAAGGGUGCAGCGGAGCACACCCCCGAGAAGCGCGCUGCGAGCGCGCCCAAGCGCGAGAAGAACGGCCCCACGUCCAAGGCGGUCGUCCAAGGCGGCGCAGAGGACGGCGCGCGGGACGGGUCGGGACCCAGCACGCGGCGCUCGCCUCCCCCGGCUAAGAAGGCGAAUCUCAUGCGCCACAUACACGCCCUCGGCGACGACAAGGUGCCGCGCGACGGCGAGUUCAGGUUCCGGGCGCGCGCGGGGGUGCUCGUCGACAAGUGGCACGGCGUGCUCAGGGCGGCGGAGUCGAAGCCCGCCGCAGAUGGCGCGCGUAGAGAAGACGGCCCCGCGUCCGCCAACGGCAAGUCGGGGGACGGGGCCGCGUGGGCGGGGGCGGACGGCAUCGCUGCACUGGAAGUGGGCGCGGCCGCGGAGGGCGAGGACGAGCCCGAGCCCGCGGCGGAGGGGGAAUCGGCUGGCGCGGAGUCGAAGCCCGUGCAGCUGAGCCCACCCCUAAGCAGCGCGCCCAAAGGCAGGCAGAACGGCCCCAAGGCGGCGGAGUCGAAGCCCGCCGCAGAUGGCGCGCGUAGAGAAGACGGCCCCGCGUCCGCCAACGGCAAGUCGGGGGACGGGGCCGCGUGGGCGGGGGCGGACGGCAUCGCUGCACUGGAAGUGGGCGCGGCCGCGGAGGGCGAGGACGAGCCCGAGCCCGCGGCGGAGGGGGAAUCGGCUGGCGCGGAGUCGAAGCCCGUGCAGCUGAGCCCACCCCUAAGCAGCGCGCCCAAAGGCAGGCAGAACGGCCCCAAGUGCAAGGCGUUCUCGAAGAUCGGCAAGGUCAUGCGCCACAUACACGCCCUCGGCGAUGACAAGUUCUCGAAGAUCGGCAAGGUCAUGCGCCACAUACACGCCCUCGGCGAUGACAAGGUGCCGCGCGACGGCGAGUUCAGGUUCCGGGCGCGCGCGGGGGUGCUCGUCGACAGGUGGCUCGACGUGCUCAGGACGGGAGGGUCGAGGCCCGCCGCAGCUGGCGCGCGUAAGGAAGACGGCCCCGCGUCCCCAAGCGGCAGGUCGGAGGACGGGGCCAUGGAGACCGUGCUCAGGGCGGCGGACGGCGCACCCGAGUCGACGCCCGCCGCGGGUGGUGUGCGUACAGAAGACGGCCCCGCGUCCACCAACGGCAAGUUAGGGGUCGGUGCGACGGAGACGAAGGCGGACGCCGCCGCCGCCGUGGAGGUGGACGCGGGCGCGGACGCGAAGGGCGAGACCGGGCCCACAGCGGAGGAAGAAUCGGCUGGCGUGGAGUCGGGGCCCGCGCCCGCGUUAGUGAAGAUCAACACUUGA